AAAAAUGGGAUUUUUUGCAUACUUGUAAUAUCUACUUCCACUCUGAAAGCCUCAUGGCUGCCGUCUGAGAAUACGACUAUCGCCUGUUCUUUAGUUCUCUCUUUUUAUGCAGGUUUCUCUUUCAGUCUAUGGAAUAAUUUUACUUGUUGGAUAUUGUUAAAAGUGGGCAACAAUGGGGGUUGGUGACGACAUCGCACCACGUUUCACCCAGAAACCAGUUCUAAAACAGGAGGAUAAUGGCGCAAAGCUGGUCUUUCAGUGUACAUUGGAGGCAUCCCCUAAACCGGACAUACAGUGGUUCCAAGGGACGACACCUAUCUCGCAGUCCAACCGGAUCAAAAUGCGCGUGGAACCCGCCGGGGGCAACAAAUACAAUGUAAUGAUGGAUAUAUUAGGGGUCACUGCUGCAGACGCUGGGACGUAUAAAGUAGUGGCCAAAAAUAAACUUGGGGAAGUCUCGGCCUCUAUCAACCUUAACUUUAGUGGUAGUCAAAAGCAACAAGAUGGAAUUGCUCCAAACUUUAUACAGAAACCUGUCACCAAACAAGCAGAUAAUGGUAAAAAGCUGUUGUUUGAAGGUCAACUCACGGCAGACCCUGCCCCACAGAUUACAUGGUUCAAGGAUGAACAGCAAAUUACACCUGGAGGUCGCAUUAAGAUUCGAACAGAUCCACAACCUAAUAAGAAGUACCUCUUGGUACUAGAAAUCAAUGAUGUCAACGUAAAAGAUGCUGGAAACUACAAAGUCACAGCCAAGAAUGCUUUAGGAGAAAGCAAUGCUACUAUCAGACUCAAUUUUGAUACUGAUGAAUCAAAAAAACCACAAGGACAGCCACCUAAAUUCACCACCAAGCCGACGAUUCGACAGGAGGGGGGAAAGAUCAUUUUUGACUGCAAACUGACAGCAGACCCCAAACCCACCAUCACUUGGUACAAGGGAACCGAAGUUUUAAAGGAAGGUGGCCGAUACAACAUGAAAAUGACCACAGAUAAAAACACCCACAAUGCUUCCAUGGAGAUAUCUGGUGGGGGGAUGCAAGAUGGAGGGGAGUACAAAGCAGUGGCCAAAAAUAGCCUUGGAGAAUCCACAGCAACCAUCACACUGAACUUUGAAGGGAAAAAGCCUCCACAAGGCAAAGCACCUCAUUUCCUGACAAAACCAACCAUCAAACAAGAGAGAAUGCAGCUCUUAAUGACCUGUAACGUGGAGGCCAAACCAGAGCCUAAGCUGUCGUGGUUCAGGGACAAUACAGAGAUUACCCCAGGGGGACGUUACAUCAUCGCCCUCAAAAAGGACGCCUCGGGACCAGACAGAUAUGUCGCCACUCUUACCAUCAAGGAUCCAAAAGCGGAUGAUGGCGGUCAGUACAAAGCCACAGCUGUCAAUGAAUUGGGAGAAUCCAAUGCCACCAUCACCCUCAACUUCCAAGUUCGACAUGGCCUGGCAGUAGCGAUGAUUAUCGGUAUGGAUAAACCAAAAGGAACACCUCCGACCUUCAAGGAGAAACCCAAGGUCACUCAGCAGGACAAGAACCUGAUUGUAGAAUGUAACUGUAAUGCUAGUCCCAAACCGACCUUGACCUGGUACAAGGAAACACAGGUCCUGAGAGAAGGCCCUCGCUACAAGAUGCGCUCCACGGAGAAAGGAAACGAUUACACAUUUUACCUGGAUAUCAUGAACUUCUCCGCUGCUGAUAGUGGGAACUACAAGGUUAUUGCUAAGAAUGAUGCUGGGGAAGGCACAGCCACCAUAAACAUCAAUCUAGAACCACCCAAAGAGAGCCCACCCUCCAUCAAGGACAUGCCAAACGUUCGACUUCUGGACAACGGAAAGAGACUGCUCUGUGACAUGAAAAUCAACUCCAAGACCAAACCCACAGCCAUGUGGUACUUUGGAAAUUCCCCUCUCAAGUCUGGUGGUCGCUACAAGCUGGACGUGAAGGAGGAAUCCCCCGGGGUUUUCCUCAUAUUUUUGGAAAUUGCCAAUCCAACUGAUGCAGACUCCGGUGAUUAUAAAUGUGUUAUUAAGAAUCCAUCAGGAGAAAUCACAUCUACUGCUAAAAUCAACAUGAAAGCUCUUCAACCACAAAUAAAAGGAGAGCCUGCCAAUUUCUCCCAAAAGUUGGCCCCUAAAUCAGUGACAGAGGGUGAAGCUCUGGAUCUGAUUGCCAAGGUGACGGGAACAGAACCAAUCACAGUCACCUGGACAAAGGAUCGUAAGCCAAUCAAACCCACCGAUGGAUACAAGAUAACCUAUGAAAAGGGCACCUGUCGGCUCUAUAUAGCUGAUGCCAAGCCUGCUGAUUCUGGUGAAUUCAAGGUGGAAAUCAAGAACCAAUUUGGGUCUGCCUUCUGUUCUGCUAGUCUUGGAGUCAAGGCUGCACCAAAGAAACCAGAAGAAAAGAAACCAGAGGAAAAGAAGCCAGAAGAAAAGAAAGUUGAGAAAAAAGAAGAACAACAAAAAGUUGAAGCACCUAAGGCUCCUGAAAAACCUAAGGAAGAGCCUAAGGCUCCAGAAAAGCCUAAGGAAGAGCCUAAGGCUCCAGAAAAGCCUAAGGAAGAGCCUAAGGCCCCUGAAAAGCCUAAGGCUCCAGAAAAACCUAAAGAAGAGCCUAAGGCUCCAGAAAAACCUAAAGAAGAACCUAAGGCUCCUGAAAAGCCUAAGGAAGAGCCUAAGGCUCCAGAAAAACCUAAAGAGGAGCCUAAACCUGAAGCCCCCAAAAUUGUUAUUGAUGAUGAAGAAGGAACACCUGAAAAGAAUGGGGAGUAUGAAACACAAGGACCCAAAAGAAUUGUGGUCAAAAAGAAACAAGGUGCAGAACCUGCUAAAAAGAUUGACGGACCUACUCACAAAUUCAAAGGGAAGCCCUCUAAUCAGAGUGUGGAAGAAGGAAAUGACAUUUCGUGUAAGUUGGACAUUGAAGUUCUGCCUAAUGCCCCAGCUCCUGAAGUCCGUUACCUCCGAGGAGGCCGAGAACUAAAGAACGACAGUCGUACAAAGAUCGUCACCAAGGGAGACAAGAGCUCCAUCCAAAUCCGACGAUCACGAUUCACAGACGAGGCCAAGUAUACAGCCAUUUUAGAACAGGAUGGAGUUCCUGUUGAUGAAGCAACAUGGAGUGUGUUUGUUAAAGAUCCCAAAGACUCUCAGCUGGAUUACAGAAAUUUAUUGAAACACAGAGAUCACAAGAAAAACGAAAAGGAAGAGGAUGACAUCGACUGGGGAUCACUCAAACCAGAUGGGCCAAGCAGUAAUCAACAAAUCCCAACUCUUCAGUCCAAACCCCAAACUUCGGUGGAUAAGAAAGGACGUCGCCCAUCAGAGAUUGAAAUGAUGAAAAAACAGCUGAAGAAAGUGCCAGGAAGCGACAGUGAAGAUGAAAAGUUCCGUUCAUCUAGUGGCAAUGCUGUUAUUUAUGAGGAAGAUGAGGAUAGAGGCAGUAGAAGACAGUCGGUUGAAACACUUGAUAUUCCAAUUAAAAAACCAUCAGCUGACAAACUGGAGGCUAUAGACCAAAAACGUAGAUCCUCGAUGAACCAGCGCAGAGCCUCUUUGGUAGAGCUCAUUCCUGACUGGCCAACUCUUCAGCAUAGGGAGGUCAAAAAAGAGGAACCAGACAAGUUUAUCCAAGAUCUGCAGGACAUGAAAAUCAAGGAAGGCACAAAGGAGUGCGUAAUGCAGUGUGAAUUCUGUAAACCUAAUGCUAAAGUCAAAUGGUUCAAAAAUAAACUGGAGAUCUUCAGUGGUCACAAGUAUCACUUCAAAAACGAGGGCAACAUCUACAAACUGAUACUUAACAAUGUCAAACUGGAGGAUGGAGGAAAGUACACUUUGGAAUGUAACGGCGUCAAAACGUCCGCUUGGUUGUACGUGGAAGCCAAGGAACCCGAUUACUUCUUCACCCAGAAAUUACCCGAAAAAUACUCAGUCACCAGAAGGAAGGAAGCUGUCCUAGAGUGUUUCAUCUCUGACCCCAGGGCAAAGGUCAAAUGGUACCGCAAUGGAGAACACAUUGAUUACACACCUGGUAAGUUGGAGAUCCAGAGAAGAGAGAACCGCUGUAUCCUGAGGGUCAAGGACGCUCAGCCCGAGGAUGAGGCUGAGUUCAUGUGUGAGUGUGGUGCCGCCACCACCACCUGUAAACUCAAGGUCGAAGAGCCUGAGUGGGACUUUAUGAAGCUGUUGGAGGAUGUAGAGGGAGUGGAGCGUGACAAGGCCGUGUUUGAGUGUGACGUCAACGACCCUGAGGCCGAGGUCACAUGGUGGAAAGGAAACAAGGAGCUGAAUGGAGGUGGAAAAUAUGAGAUCCAGAAAGACAACUUCAAACGUAGACUGAUUGUCAAGAAUUGUCACAUGAAGGAUGAUGGAGAAUACACCUGUAAAGUGCUGGAUAAAUCAACCACAGCCAACCUCUUCGUGGAACCUGACAUCAAAUUCUUCAAGAAGCUGGAGAACAAAAAAGAGAGGGAGACAGGAACCUUGGUGUUGGAGUGUAAAGCAUCUAACCCACACAACCAGCCUGUCAAGUGGCUCAAAGACGGCUUGCCUAUCAACAAGGAUGACCCGAGAAUUGAGGUGACCAGGAAGGGUGAGAUGCACAAACUUGUGAUUACGAAUCUGAAUCGUGACGAUGCUGGACAGUAUACAUGUCAAGUGGGAGAAAGACCAACCAAGGCUGAUGUGGUUGUUGAAGAAUUGCCAAAACCACCAAAAGUGGAUCCCAAAUUCAUCCCAGAAGAAAUUGUUGUCAAAAAAGGAGAGUGUAUUGAAUUGGAGAUUCCUUAUGUUGGCACACCUAAACCUGUUGCUCAGUGGAAGAAGGACGGUACAGGCCUCAGUGAAGCUGAUACAGACAUACAGACAACAGACAAAUCGGCUAAACUCAGGAUCCCUGACGCUCAGAGAAGUGACACUGGAGAGUACGAACUCACACUCACCAACGAAGUGGGAUCUGAGAUCAUUCCCGUUCCUGUCAGGGUUCUGGAUCGUCCUGGUAAACCUGAAGGACCUUUGGAUGUUGUGGAUGUGUAUUCUGACCGCUGUUCACUGCUGUGGGACAGACCUAAAGAUGACGGUGGCAGCCCCAUCAAACAUUACGCCGUGGAGAAGAAAGAUGCCGCCAAGGACACCUGGGAGGAUGUGUGCACCACAGAAGACUUAGAAAUCGACGUCACUGGACUCAAGGAGGGACACCGCUACCAGUUCCAGGUCAAGGCCGUUAACGCUCAAGGAAUCAGUGACCCUCUGGUGGCUGAUGGUGAAAUCAUCGCUAAAGAUCCAUGGGAUCCAUCUGAUCCCCCAGAGAGGCCAGAGAUUAUUGACUUUGAUAAGGAUUACGUGGAGAUCUCCUGGAAACCACCGCUCAAUGACGGAGGUGCUCCUAUUGAAAAAUACAUCAUUGAGAAACGGGAGAAAGGAUCCGAUAAAUGGGAUAAGGGUGUGGAAGUGGAUGGAAAUGAAACUACAGGCACUGUCGAGGGUCUGACGGAAGGAAAGGAAUACGAGUUCCGUGUCAUGGCCAAGAAUCGGGCCGGCCUGUCACAGCCCAGCACUGUGACACCACCUGUAGUUACUAAGGCUCGCAGAGUCAAACCAAGAAUUAUGGACAAGAACAAAUUGUUACCAAUUCGAAUCAAGAGAGGUCAGCCAUUCAAUAUUGAUGUCAGCUACAUUGGAGAACCUUUGCCCACUGUCACAUGGAAGAGAAAGACACUGGAUAUAGACUCCGAUUCAGAAACAGAAAUAGACUUUAAGGAUGGAAAAGAGGAGGAGAUAACUCCCGAUGCUAACAUACAAAUUGACAACAGCACACCAAAGAAGACAAGUUUGAAAUACUCAUCAGGUGAUCGUAAAGACACUGGUGAAUACACAGUGAUUGUAGCCAACAAACAUGGCUCUGACGAUGCCAACAUUGAAGUGGUCGUUCUUGGUCCACCUACUAAGCCAAAUGGACCUUUGAUUGUGGAUAAUGUAACCAAGGAUACUGCUACCCUGAGCUGGAAGGAGCCCACAGACACCGGUGGCAACCCCAUCAGUGGCUACCGAGUGGAGAAGAAAGACACACAGAAAGGAAGAUGGGAACCAGUUAAGGAUAAUAUCAGUGGAAGUCCGUUUACCGUCCCCAAACUCACAGAAGGACACGACUAUCACUUCAGAGUGGCCGCCGUGAACGAGAAUGGAGAAUCUGAUUUCUUGGAAACAGAUUUUGCUAUCACUGCCAAAAAUCCAUUUGAUGAGCCCUUCCCUCCAAGCCAGCCUAAGUGUAUUGAACAGGACAAGGACCACAUCGUCAUCGCCUGGGAACCUCCAGAGAAUGACGGAGGAAAUCCUGUCAAGGGCUACAUAGUGGAGAGAAAGGAACCCAGGUCCAACAGGUGGACCCCAAUCAACAGAGGACUUGUUCCUGACUGUGAGUUUGAAGAUGAGAAGGUGACAGAAGGGAAGGAAUAUGAGUACAGAAUUCUGGCUGUUAACGAUGCUGGUAACUCAGAACCCAGUGUACCCUGUAAACCAAUCACUGCCAAGCCUACUAAAGAGCCUCCUAAGGUUAACCUGGAUGCCUUGUUUGGAGCUAAGGAGAUCCGAGUUAAGGCUGGAGAGCCCCUGACUAUCCCUAUAGGAAUCUCUGGAGCCCCUACACCCACCUGUACCUGGAACAAGAAUGGAGGUCCAGUGGACAAUAGGGCCCAAUGCACUAGCAAUGAAGAGGAGGCUAAACUUCACAUUCCAAAAUGCGAGAGGAAGGAUACUGGCAAAUACACCAUCACUGUUUCCAACCAGUAUGGUACUCAGUCAGCUGAUAUCCCUGUAGUGGUCCUAGAUAAGCCUGGUGCUCCAGAGGGACCCCUCGAGGUCUUUGACUUGAUGGCUGAUUCCUGUAAACUCUCCUGGAAACCACCUAAUGACAAUGGAGGAGCUGAAAUCACAGGCUAUGUUGUUGAGAAACAAGAAGAAGGUUCGCAAACCUGGGAGAAGGUGACAGGGCUGGGAUCAGGAACCACUAUGCCAGUCAAGGGCCUGAAGGAGGGCAAAAAAUACAAGUUCCGGGUCAAGGCUGAAAACAUCUACGGAGCUGGAGAACCCUUAGAAACACACAGACCUAUCACUGCCAAGAAUCCUUUUGACACUCCUGAUGCUCCUAAGAAUCUCCAGAUUCCUAAAUAUGAUAAGAGAUCAUGUGAUCUGACAUGGGACAAACCCGAUUCUGAUGGAGGAAAUCCAAUCUCUGGAUAUGUUAUUGAGAAGAGAAGCAGGGGAGGUGACUGGGUGCCAGUUAACAACUUCCCAGUCAAGGACAAUAAGUUCACAGUCAUGGGUCUCCAGGAGGGAACUGUUGUAGAGUUCAGAGUGGCAGCAGUUAAUGAUGGAGGACCAGGAAAAUUCAGCAAGGCGACGCCCCCUCAUCAAGUCAGGGACCAAGUCUUCCCUUCUGGAGCCCCAGGACAACCCAAUAUCGACAAGAUCACCAAGGACUCUGUAGACCUUUCAUGGAUUAAACCAGCUAAAGAUGGCGGCAAGAAACCAUCCUCUUACAUCAUUCAGAAGAAAUCAAAGGGAGGCGACUGGGAGGACUGUAAAGAGGUGCCGGGUAAUGAGACGAAGUGUACAGUGCCUAAUCUGAAGGAGAAGGACGAGGUCCAGUUCCGUGUGAUUGCGGUCAACGAAGCCGGUCAAGGCGAGCCCAGCAAACCUACCAGCAUGAUCACUGUAGAACAACAACCAGAGAGGCCAAAUUUGAGCAUGGCUGGAGUAAAGGACAUCAAUGUAAAGGCUGGACAGCACUUCCAGAUUGAGGUCCCCUACACAGGAUUCCCCAAACCCAAGGCUGUCUGGAUGAAUGGAACCAAAGAGAUCGAGGAUGACAUGCGUGUACAUCUGAAAGUGGCUGCUGAUCACGUCACCCUCACUAACACCAAGGCUGAGAGAGGUGAUGCGGGUAGAUACAGACUGACACUGAAAAAUCCAUCAGGGCAGGACUCAGGCUCACUCAAUGUCAAUGUUAUAGACCGGCCAGCAGCCCCUAAGGGACCCCUGACAGCUGUGGAUAUAAUGGGAGAGGAGAUGACUCUUCAAUGGAAUGCCCCAGAGGAUGACGGUGGAGAAAAGAUUAACAAUUACAUUCUGGAGAAACGCAAGGCUGGCAGCAAGAAAUGGCAGAAGGUUUCCAGCUUCAUAAACACCCCUGAGUGUAUUGUCAGAAAUCUGGAACCUGGUACUGAGUACGAGUUCAGAGUAAUGGCAGAAAACAAGCUCGGAGUCAGUGAUGCUUUAGAAACAUCAGAACCAAUUUUGGCUAGAUUGCCUUAUGAUGCUCCUGGUGCCCCUGGCACUCCUAAAUGCUCAGCCUACACCCCUGACUCUAUCACCCUGGAAUGGACCCCACCCCUGAAGGAUGGAGGGAACCCCAUCAAAGGAUACCAGGUGGAAAAGAGGGAAGUCGGGGACAGAAAGUGGACCAAAGCAAACUUUGCUGAUAUUUUGGACAAUGAAUUCACUGUGAAGGGUCUGACCGAGGGUAAAGAAUACGAGUUCCGUGUGGCGGCCAUUAAUAAUGCUGGCAUAGGAGACUUUGCUGAAACAUCAGAAGCUAUCAAGGCUCAGCAGCCUCCAGUUGCACCAAAAGUCAGUCCAAACUUCCUUCCAAAGGAUAUUACAGUCAAGAGAGGAGAAGAGUUUAAGAUUGUUAUUCCUUAUGAUGGCAAUCCUAUUCCUAAAGCAGACUGGUCUGUGGCUGGUAAACCUCUUUCCCAAGGUGGUCGUGUGAGUUUUGAGAACACCCCUACAGAAAUCAAGUUGUUCAAUAAAGCAGCUGAGAAAACAGACUCAGGAAAAUAUAGCGUCCUCUUGUCAACUGACAAGGGCAGCGAUUCUGCCUCCAUCAACGUCAACGUCGUUGAUUCGCCCACUAAACCUGAGGGACCACUGGAGGUAGGAAGCAUCACCCCUGACUCCUGUGUCCUCACCUGGAAUGCUCCUAAAGAUGAUGGUGGAAGUCCGAUUUCCAACUAUGUUGUUGAGAAGAUGGAUCUUGCCACUGGAAAGUGGGAACCCGUCAGUAAAUUUGUGCGGGGUACUAACUAUGAAGUGAUGGGACUGACUGAGGGGCACGAGUACAAGUUUAGGGUGUCAGCUGAGAACCAGUUUGGCGUCAGUGAACCACUGGAGACUUCUCUUCCUAUCACAGCCCAACAUCCAUACACUCGCCCUGAUCCUCCCGGACACGCCAGUAUUGUAGACGUGGAUGACGGUUCCGUUACUCUGUCUUGGACCAAACCAAGAAAUGAUGGUGGAAAGAAGAUCAUAGGAUAUGUUGUGGAAUACAAAGACCCCACCACUGGUCGCUGGAAGGAGGCUAAUGAUUACCCAGUUGAUGAAUGUGUUUAUCAAGUUAAGGGAUUGAAGAAGGACAAGGAAUAUGAUUUCCGCAUCAGAGCAAAGAACAUCGCAGGCCUCAGCGAGCCUAGUGAAAUGGUCGGUCCUGUUACUCCUAAGCCGAAAUACACCAAGGCUUCACCACCUGGUAUACCUGAGGCCGUCAACACAGGCAAAACAUAUGUUGAUCUGAAAUGGGAGCCACCUAGAAACGAUGGUGGAGCUAAAAUUACAGGCUAUCUUGUGGAGAAGAGGCCUAAGGGAGCUGAGAUGUGGUCUAAAUGUAAUGACUAUCCCUGCGCUGACCCUGCCUUUACCGUCGCCAACCUUCCCGAGGACUCAGAGUGGGAGUUCAGAGUUAUGGCUGUCAAUGCUGCAGGGAACAGCGAGCCCAGUCUGUGCUCACCAGCUUACAAGAUCAAGGAAAAGAUUGUUGGAUCAGCCCCAGAGUUUAUCAAGAAGCCUGCAGACAGCAAGGCACCUCUGGGAGGGGAAAUUUCCUUCACAGCGGAGGUUCAUGGCAAACCUUUCCCCACUUGUCAGUGGUACAAGAAUGGCAUUCCAGUGGGUACUGGUGGUGGCCGUAUGAGACUGAUUAAGGAGGAUGACGUCUUUAUUUUCGUUAUUAAUGAAAUUUAUGAUAAAGACGAAGGAGAAUUUACCUGUGAAAUUUCAAAUCCACUUGGAACAGAAAAAGCUACAUGUCGUUUAGAACUUCAAAAUCCACCCAAAUUUGACAGAGACAUCAAAGACCAGAAUGUAGAGGUGGGAGAACAGCUCAAGAUUAAGAUUCCUUAUUCAGGAACCGGACCAUUUGACAUCAAACUCAAGAAAGAUAACCGUGAAGUCAAAGAAAGUGACAAAGUCAAGAUCACUCCAUUUGAUGAUUACAUAAUCCUAAUAAUCAAAGAUUGUACUCGAGAUGACACAGGUAGAUAUCAGCUGGAGGCUAGCAAUCCCUCUGGAAGUGCUUCCAUUGGGUUUGGACUCAGUGUUGUCAGUCCUCCUUCUUCCCCCACCGGACCGUUAGAAGUCAGUGACAUUACAAAGAAUGCCUGCCGAUUGUCUUGGAAACCACCCAAGGAGACGGGCGGUGCCAAGAUAACUGGUUAUGUUGUGGAACGUCAGGAGGUGGGCAAACCUUACUGGGUGACUGUCUCCUCCCACUGCAGGGACACUCACCAAGAUAUUCAGGGCCUGUUUGAGAAUGGGAAAUACUUGUUCAGAGUCAUGGCUGUGAACGAACAUGGACAAUCAGAACCACUGCAAGCCGAGAAUCCCAUCAUAGCUAAAAUGCCAUUCGAUGCACCUGACACCCCUGGCACCCCUGAGGUCACAGAGGUGGGUGGAGAUUUCGUCAGCCUCAAAUGGGACAAACCCAAGUCUGAUGGAGGAGGAAGGAUCAAGUCUUACUGGGUGGACAAACGUGAGCACGGAACUGAGAACUGGCACCGCGUCAAUCUGACCCCCUGUCUGACAAACAUGAUCAAUAUUCCAAACCUUAUUGAGGAUAAACGAUAUGAGUUCAGAGUGUUUGCUGAGAAUGAGGCAGGAAUGAGUAAACCAUCCCUUGCAUCCACCAGUGUCAAGAUCAAGGAUCCUAAUGCUGCUGUUGCUCCUGAGAUUGUACAAGGUCUUAGAAACAUUCAGACAGUGGCUGGCAAAAAUGCCACCUUUGAGCUGGAAGUCUCUGGCAAUCCGAAACCAGAGGUUCAAUGGUACAAAGGAUCGAGAGAAAUCUUUGAUGACAGGAAGUUUGAGAUCAUUGAAGAAGGAAAUCUCCACAUAUUGUCUAUCAAGGAUGUAUAUGGAGAAGAUGCUGAUGAGUAUUCUGCUAGAGUCUUCAACAAAGGUGGAUCCAAGGUUUCCAGGGCCGAUCUGAGCAUCAGAGCUCCACCCAAAAUUAAUGUACCAUCCAGAUUCAAGGACGUCAGCACAUUUGAGAAGGGAGAGCCAGUUGUCAUCAAGAUACCAUUCACAGGUAACCCUAAACCCACUGUAAAGUGGGUCAGAGAUGGAGAGGAGGUCAAAGGUCGUAACUACGUUCAGGAAGUGACCGACCGCCAUGCCAUACUGACCAUCAAGGAGGCUAAUAAGGACAACGAUGGUCCUUACAGACUGACCUUGGAGAAUGAACUUGGAACUGACACAGCUGUUAUCAAGAUCCAGGUCAACGAUCGUCCUGACCCACCACGAUUCCCUGUGGUGGAGAACAUCAGAAGCGACUCUGUGGUUCUGUCCUAUAAGGCACCACUGAAUGAUGGUGGUAGCUUUAUCACUGGUUAUGACAUUGAAAAAUGUGAACCACCAGGAACUAACUGGGUCAGAGUGGCUAACACAAGGAUGACCUUCCACAACAUUCAGGGUCUGUCAGCUGGUAAGGAAUACCAAUUCCGAGUCAUCGCUGAGAAUUUCUACGGCAAGAGUGACCCGUGUGAGCCCACAUCUACCAUCAAAACAGAGGACUCAGAAGACAAGAAGAGGAAGAAGCACGAAGAUGAGAUGGGAAGAAAAGUCAGAGGAAAAUAUGAUGGUCCCAAGAUUAAUGACUAUGACAAGUUCUGUAACAAGUUUAUUAUGAUCGGGCUUCUCUGCUGCAUGCAUGCAUUUUCAAAAAUGGUUCUCACUUUGUUUUCCAGUGGAGCUUUUGGAGUCGUCCAUCGCUGUGUGGAGAAGGCCACUGGCCGAGUGUUUGUGGCUAAAUUUAUCAACACCCCCUACCCACUGGACAAGGCCACAGUCAAAAACGAAAUCAACAUCAUGAACCAGCUUCAUCAUCCUAAACUCCUCCAACUCAAAGAUGCAUUUGAUGAUCGUCAUGAAAUGAUCUUAAUCUUAGAAUUCCUGUCUGGAGGAGAGCUGUUUGACAGAAUCGCUGCUGAGGAUUACAAAAUGACGGAGGCUGAGGUCAUUAACUACAUGAGACAGGUCUGUGAGGGACUCAAACACAUGCACGAGAACAGCAUCGUCCAUCUCGAUGUCAAGCCUGAAAAUGUGAUGUGUGAAACCAAGAAAUCCACCAAUGUGAAAAUGAUUGACUUUGGCCUGGCCACCAAACUGAAUCCAGACGAGAUUGUUAAGGUGACCACUGCCACCGCAGAGUUUGCUGCCCCUGAGAUUGUCGACUCCGAACCCAUUGGUUUCUAUACAGAUAUGUGGGCUGUCGGAGUGCUGGCUUAUGUACUGUUGAGUGGAUUAUCUCCCUUUGCUGGUGAGGAUGACCUAGAAACCCUACAGAAUGUAGGUCGGUGUGACUGGGAGUUUGCUGAGGAGGCCUUCUCUCAGGUCUCUCCCGAGGCCAAGGACUUCAUCAGGAAACUCCUCAUCAGGAGGCCCCAAGAAAGAAUGACUGUCCAUGAUUGCUUAGAUCAUGCAUGGCUGAAGGGUGAUCUCAGUAGUAGGACGACCAGAAUUCCAUCCAGUCGUUACGACGCAAUCAGAGCCAGGAUCAAGGAACGAUAUGCUGACUGGCCACAACCUAUGCCAGCUAUUGGACGCUUGGCCAACUUCAGCUCCCUCAGGAAACAUCGUCCCAAGGAAUACAACAUCUACGAUGCCUACUUUGAUCGUAAGGAAGCUACUCCAAGGUUCAUCAGGCGUCCCAGAAAUGUUAUUGUCGGAGAAGGCAACAUUGCUAAAUUUGACUGCAGAAUUAUGGCUGCUUCUGCACCCAUUGUCACUUGGCAUUUUGAUGGAGGUGCUCUUUCCCAGAGUGUGAAGCACAUGCAGAAAUACUCCGGCACUGAGUACGAAUUAAAGGUCAGUCGAUGCAAGAAGGAGGAUGCUGGAACUUACACUGUUAUAGCCGAGAACUCAUUUGGAAAACGUGAAGAGAGGGCAUCACUCAAAGUAGAACCUGCUCCUAAGAGAGAGAUUCCACUCAGCAGGGAUACCACACCAAUGCGCAGAUCUAGGCCACCAUCCAUGGUGAGAGAGAUAGAGAAACCCAAAGAGGAGCGUCCUGACUUUAACUUUGGUCUGCGUCCACGUCUUAUUCAGGCAGGACAAGAGUUUAAACUGAUCUGUUGUGUCCAGUGUACCCCAACACCUAAGGUGACCUGGACAAAGGAUGGUCGUGACAUCACCCACAGUGACCACUACUUGUGUACGUAUUCCAGUGGUGUGUGUACAAUGGAGGUUCAGUGUGCUCAUGUGUCAGACACAGGAACCUACACAUGUAUCGCUGUCAACGAGCUCGGAACAGAGGAAACAUCCAGCUACGUUGUCGUAGAAGGAACGGACAGGAAAGACCGAGCUCAUGAAGGAGUUGACUUGAGGAAGAGUGCUAAAUCUCGCAGUGUACGCCAGACAAAAUCUGGUUACAGUAGUCGGUAUGAGGAUUCCAGCUACAGCGAGUCUUCUUACUCCUCAUCCACGAAAACAAGUCGCUCCUCCAGGAAAUACACAGAGGAAUCCGUCGAGGAAAGCUCUUAUUCCUCUAGGCGAUCUGACCGCUCAGAGAGGAAAAAGAGACAGGAACCAGAGGAGAUAGCCCCCUCCUUCACAUCAAACUUGUCCCCAGAAAUUCUUAAGGAGGGAGAUCGCUUAAAACUGACCUGCUCUGUCACAGGAACCCCAGACCCAGACAUUGAGUGGUACUUCAACGGACAGAUGAUAAAGAGUGGUGGUUCUAUGAAGAUCAGGAACAUUGCUGGUAGCUGUUCUCUAGAAAUUAGUGAAGUCUCAAUGGAUGACGACGGAACCUACACAUGUAAAGCCAUCAACUCUGCAGGAGUAGCCUCCACUAAAACUAGUGUACAAGUCACUGCCAAACCACAGGAGAAAUUAGCUGAACCUCCCCGGUUUAUUACCCACCCCUUAGGUCUCAGAUUAAAAGAUGGCGACCCGGCCACAUUAGAAUGUCAAAUUUCAGGCUCACCUGAGGUUAAAUGGUACAAAGGUCGUGAACAAAUCAUGGACAGCGAAGACUUCCGCUAUGAAAACGACGGCGACACCUACCGACUGGAGAUAGCUGAAGUGUUCCCCGAGGAUAGUGGAAUGUACAAAUGUGUGGCUGAAAACGAGGCUGGCACCGCCUCUAGCAGCUUCACUGUUUUCGUAGAAGUGCCUGAUGAGGAACCCCAAGGCCCCCAAUUUAAGAAAUUUCCCCAAUCCAGAACUGUAGACGAGGGGGCCUCCUUCUCGGCCACCGCUAACCUAGACGACGUAGAAUCUGUUGUUUGGACCAAGGAUGGUCGGGAAAUAGAAGACACAGGUCGAUUCAAAUUCAGCCAAGAUGGUAAUUCUUUCACCUUCGAGAUCCCUGCAGCCCUGGCCACAGACUCUGGUGUUUAUUGUGCUAAGGCUACAAGUAGUAAAGGAAAGGCCGAGUGGCAGUUCACACUUGUAGUGCGAGUAAGUUCUUCCCCUUGUGCUGAUAUUGAUGUUCUACAACUGAUCAAGUCAAUGCAGCAAUGAAGUUUCUGCUAGUCAUCAUCACAGAAAUUGUCCACUUGAUUUUGUUUGCCAAAAGUCAUGGAUUCCAUCCCCGUGAUCAUCAAAUUGGUGAACCAGUUUAGGGUCUUUCUGAUGAUGGGAACCAGUUGACUGUACAGAAAGACAAAACAUAAAAUCGAUGUGACUGUGCAAAUAUUGGCUGCAGACUUUGGCUUGUUUUGACUUGCAUUGGAGAUUUUCAAAUCAAUUGUAUCUGAUGAACUCUCAUCAGAAAUUCACAGACAGUUGUAUGAGUUGAUAAAUGUGGAAUGUUUUUCUCAUGAAAUGUUUUUUCUUUCUAUUUUAUCAUAUACAGAUUGAAUUUUAAUAUAUUUAAAUUAUAUUGUUGAAUAUGUGAAAAAAACCAUUUACGUCUUUCAUUAUUGGUUUGAAGAGUUAAACUAUAUUUUCAUUGUAUAUUUUUUAUUUAUUUUAAUAACACAGCCCUAUUUAACUGUAGGCUAUUUUUUAUUUAUUUGUCUGUUACAUAAAACAGCACAACAACUCGAUAAAUACGUGGAGAAAAUCUCGUUGUAUGAGGAAUGAAAAUCCAUAAUGUAUGAACUGACAAACUGUAACGUAUGAAUUGACGUUUGGUCUUGUUUGUGAUUUUUCGGAGAAAAGUUCACCAGUAGCUAUUAAAAUUUAAUGCUUAGAGUGAUGUGCUAAUCCCUUCAAGAUUCUUGUGCAGAAUAAACCAAGUACGCAGCAUGAUUUUGUAGAAAAAAGAAAUAUAAAAAUUGUUGCCCACUGUCAAGAGUAGAUCAUUGCUGUUGUACAUGGAAUUUCUCCAUCAGGAAUCUUGUAUCAGUUUCCUCCCCUGCUUUGUACUCCAUGACAAAUGUUCACAUAUAAAUGCUGUUUUCCACAAAA